AUGGCGAAGAUGGCGGCGGUGCGGCGCCGUGCGGUGUGCGCGUUGGCGCUCCUUGCGCUGCUCUGCGGCCCCUUCUGCGUAGCGGCGGCGGCUGCUUCUUCGGCUGAGGAGGAGGUGGAUGUGUCGGUGCAGAUUUCGUGCGCGGACAGUGACAACAAGUUGAGUUGGCGCUUUCCUGGUGAAGGUGCCUGGCAGAAGUGUGCAUUCACUGUGGAUGAGUCUUUCACUAUGAGUGGAGCCAUUCACGACGAUGAGAACUCCCUCUGCGCCUGGGCCGGAACUCAGUACUCUCCUUUCCGUUCAGCGAGUGGUAGCGUCUGCUCUGGAGCCACGGCAGAGAACGAUCUUGCGUUUACCAUGAGGUGCAAGACGAAGAAAAACAGCGGGGCGUACAAGCGGUGGCAGAGUGUAUGCAAGCAACCCGGCGGUGCGGCUCCUGCGGCUGUUUCGGGCGGCGAGCCACUUGGCGUGUUGCAAACUUGCACCAUGCAACCGUCCAGUGGAAACGCAGCUGAAGAGGGGCCAGAUGCGCCUCAAGGGGGCUCACAAGAAGACGCCGGAGGAGCGCAACUGAAAGGGACGCCAGAAGGUGGGAAAGGCACACAGCUGCACGACGAGCCCGAAGAUGCGACUGGGCCGCAGGGUGCGCAGCAGUUGGCGGGUGUAGGUGCAGCUGCGAACACGGAGGGCAAAGCCGCGGAGCCGCCGCGGGGGGAAGACCAGCGCGGCGCAGAAGAAGUUCCAGCAGGUGCUGGGCCCGGCCGCGCCGCGGGCCCCACGGUGCAGCAGCCUGCAGAGUCUGCGACUCAGUCCGCUGGCACUGCAGCGGCCCCGGGGACUGUCGAUGUGCAGCCCGCGCACGGCGUUGAGAGUAAACCGCAGACGGCUGAAAGUGCGGGCGCCAGCGACGCGCCACCCAAACCGGGUGCACAGCCACAGGCGGGAGGUGAGUUGGCGGAGGGCGGCGUUGGCGGUGCUACGGGGCAAGCGAAAGCAGCAGAAGGCAGUGAAGAAGAGCGAGAAGGCGCAGAACGUACAACGACGACUGGGCACGGCAGCGACUCGACAAACCCCGCGCAGUCCACUGCCGGCGCCACACAGGCUUCGGCGCCUAAAUCCGCCACCAACAGCAGCGCCACUCAGAAAACUGUGGCCAAUUCUGCAGACAGCACUGCCACCAACGCCCUGCUUCUGCGUGCACCUCUGCUGCUGCUGUCGCUGCUGCUCACGGCUGUCCUUGCCUGCGCUGCCGCGUAG